CUUUAGCAUCGCUACGGGGUAAGUAAGAAUCUGCAUUGGGGACUUCCUGGGACUGUGGCGAAUGUGGAAAUUUGAAACGACAAAUUCCGAAGCCAGCGAGAGCCAUUGAACAAGGCGAGUUUGGGGGAAACGAAGAAGAGACGAAGGAAGAGGAAGCAAAACAUGCAGAAUGGCCGAUGCUGGUCAACAAAGUCGGCCAUCGUUUUCGGGCUUCUGGAAGAAGUCCGCCGAGGUUCUGGGCUUGAAAAGGUUCCGGUUUGUUGAAAGCAACUCCGGUAAGAGCAAGAGCAAGAACAAUGAUUCGUCAGGCAAUCAAGAUGCAACAGCAUCAGGGAACCCGACCUUGGACAAGGCCCAGAGAAGGCGGGCUCAGGUCCGGCGAGCCCAGACUCAGCACCGGCAGCGUAAGGCCGACUAUGUCCGGCAUCUCGAGAAGGACAUCGCCCGCAUCCGCGACAUGAUCGAGGCGGCCGAGCAAGACACGAGGGCCCUCCUCAAUGAGAACAAGAUCCUGAGAGAGCAGCUGUUGCAGACUGUGGGCAAGGGCCCGUCGCCCAUGUCGCUGGACCAAGGAGUAGCUCUCUGGAACGAGAUGCCCCAGCCGUCCCAGCUCAGCAGCGGCCUGCUACAGGAAUCUGGCACCGUCACCAUCGCCCUGGGCUUCGAUGAGGUCUUGAAUGCGCCAGCCUUCUACGUCAGCAGCCCGUCACCCUCAUGCAACCCACAUCAGCCUGCCUCUCAGAGGACCUCCCCGCCAGACGCCGGCGACUUCCCCGAUCUGACGCCUGCCCAGACCCAAGCGGCGAUCAACUUUAUACUCGCCCUCGAACACAUCUGCCGAGCCCACUUCCUCCCAUGCCUGUACGACCCCAACAUCGACGCCUCGACUCCCAUAUUCGGGUUCGAAGAGAGCGGUCACACGCUCAUGGCUACGAGCGUGGCGCUGCGCAACGCUCCCGAGCAUAUCUUUGAUGCCGUCGCCCGCACUGACUGCGCGCUGUUCCCCAACCCGGGGCCGCCGCCCGUCAUGUGUCCCAUCCCACAAGCAUCACCAGCAACAACAACACCAGCAACAGCAGCAGCGGCAACGACGGCGGCGAGGACGACGGCGACGAACAUGACGACCACGCUAACCCAACCCGCAACAGCCGACGGCAUGCCGAACGAAAAGGGUAGUGGCAGUGACGGCGAUGGCGACGCGGGCCUCUCGUGGACGACGACGACGCUGACGCUGCGCUCCUUGCGCGGCCUCGCGUCUUCGCUGGUGCCCGACAGCGCGGAGCUGGCACCGGUUCAGGCCUGGUUCGAGCUGGCGGGGCGCUUUGGUGUCGCCCGUCUAGCCGACCGCGCCGUCCUGGACGCUCUCAAGCGGGAGCUCGCCGGCGCCGUCCGAUGCCCGCACUUUGGCGCCCUCAUCGACCGGGCCUCGUUCGAGAGCGCCGUCGGCCGGGUUCUGGGCACUCCUACGUAGGGCUUUUGAUUUCUUUGUUUUCUUUCUCUCUUUUCCACUCUGCGCUAUAGCGAAGGACUGGAAACAAGUUAGGUCGGGUCGGACCAGGGUAGUAAG